AUGUCCAGUGUCCAAACAGAGACUUCGCUGGUAAGCAAGGCGAAACUCACGAAACAAGAUCAUCUCAAUGCAUACAACAAAUUGCGUCAACGCAUGAAAAAUCAACUUAAGUUAGCAGCUAAAGGUGAAGGUUCGGCAUUAUCCCUAAGCAACAUAGAGGAGUUAAAAAGGCUAUAUAACGCAUUAGAGAAGGAGAAAGUGCGGGACACAAAGAUUCAUCUUGAAGAUUCUGAAGUGUUUAAAGAAGCUUCUGAUUUUGCUGCUUUAAAUGCACGUAAUUUGCGAUUUGGCGAAGGGGGGAUUGCUUUAGACGAAAGAGACGUUUUAAAAAGAUUAAGGAAAUAUGCUGCUACUGAUAGCUCAAUUUUGAGUGACAUUGUUAAAGAAGAUCAAGAUGGGGGUGAUGCAUACGGAGAAGGCAAUGAAGACGAAGAUGAAGAACUCAUUACUGAUGAAUACACAUUUAAUAAAGUCAACUGGCUAAAAUUGGGUGUAUUAUAUCAUCAAAUCAGCAAGAAACCCAUCCUGGUUGAUUUUCUUAAUGGACCUUUGGCUAAUGAAAAGAAGAGAGCAACCAACAGGACGAGGAAUAUUGAUGAUACUAGAGGAGGUCGUUCAACUACCGCUAGACACGUUGAAGCUAGUGAUGUAGCACAAGAUGAAGAGAAAAAUACUGCAUACAUGGUGAGACUCGUUUACGACAAGUACCUCAAGAAGGAAAGUAAAGAAGAAAUUAAUUUCUUCAAGUUUUUCAUCAAUCCUCAUUCAUUUGCACAAUCAGUGGAAAAUUUAUUCUACACUAGUUUCUUGAUUAAAGAUGGAAGAUUGAAAUUGUAUACGGGAAAACUGGGAGUUCCUUGUAUAUCACGAGUUAGUCAAAAAGAACUUGAGCAAAUUAAAUUAGAUAGCUCAAAUAUACUAUCUUCACAUCAUAUUGCUACUUUUAAUUAUGAUGUGUGGCAGUAUUUCAUUCAAGAGUUGGAUAUAAAAGAAGCGUUUUUGGGUCAUAGAGAAGGAAUUGAAGAUCAGGUCCCAGCGGAGGAUUUUUUUGAGGAUUUUGGCGAUGAGGAAUUGGAAUUGAAUGAUCAUAGUAAUGAAACUGAUACGACUAAUAGUAGCACUACCACAACACCAAGUUUUGAUGAAUAA